AUGACACUGUCUGACUUUGUCCGUGGACUAUUCGGUGAACCCCCAAUCGCCUCACCAUCACAUCCUCCACAAUCCCAUCCCCAAACCGCCAACCCCUACGCCAACAUCGCCCAGGGCUCUGGGUGGACCCCCCGUCGUCGACGAUCAACAAGGAGGUUCCUCCCCAGGCCCCUGAGGAGAGCGAUCCGCUUCCUCAAGUCAAACUGGCUGUCUUUUCCCCUUUUUGCCAUUGUCUGCUUUUUGCUCGGGGCGGCGGUGCUGCCGUAUGAUUCCACGCUGAGGUUGGGGGUGAGGUGGAACUGGAAGAGACUGGUGACCGGGGGAAGGCCAAGUGAGGAGUGGGUUUUGAGGGAGAGGCCAGAGUACGAGGUUGAUUGGGGGAGGGAUGUGGGGGUUGUGUUGAAGACGGGGUAUGGGACUCGGGGGAGGGUUCCGGCUUGGUUUGAGAGUGUUAGGGGGUGGGGGGAGGUGGUUGUGAUUGCCGAUUAUGAGGGGGAGAUGGUUUUGGGUGAUGGGGGGGAGAGGGUGGUCAAGGUGUAUGAUAUGGUGGAGAGGGGGUUGGAGAAUCCGAUUUUGGGGGGUUUGUUGGGGCAUAAGAGGGUGGGGAAGUAUGAGAGGUUGACUGCUGCUGUUGGGGCGAAGGAUGAGGAGCUGGCGGGGGGGUUGUCAAAGGAGUUUGGGUGGGAGUUGGACGCGUUGAAGUUUAUACCUGGGCUGGAGUUUGCGUAUCAGAGGUGGCCGGACAAGAAGUGGUAUUUGCUGGUGGAUGAUGAUACUUUUCUGGUGGAGACGAGUGUGAAGAGGUUUUUGGGACAUUUUGAUCCGGAGGAGAAGCACUAUCUUGGUAAUGCCGUGGGUGACUUUCGGGCGAGGUUUGCGCAUGGGGGGUCGGCGGUUAUCUUGUCGCAGGCGGCGAUGAGGGCGUUGGUGAAGGAGAAUCCGAAGGCGCUCAAGACGAGUUAUUUGGAGAGCUUGGAUGAGGUUUGGGGGGAUCGGUUGUUGGCGAAGGCGCUGAUUAGGGUGGGAAUUUAUUUGGAUGAGAGGUAUGCGUAUUUGUUCAAUGGGGAGCCGCCGAGGAGGAGUAAAAUCAGAGGGGACAGGAUGUGUUCUCCUAUCUUAAGCUUUCACACGUUGCCUCAGCCGGAGAUGAUGAGGGACGUUGGGGAGCAUUUUAGGAAUGUGACGGAGCCGGUGUUUUGGUUGGAUUUGUGGAAGAUUUAUGGGGUUCCUGCUCCUUGGAGGUGGGAUCCUGAAAUGACGAAGAAGACGAUCAAGGAUCCGAAGCAGAGGGAGGAGAUGUCGAGGAUUGUGCUGCGGGAUGUCAAGAGUGAGUGGGAGUGCUUGGCCGAGUACAACCGGCGGUUUCGCGCUAGUACCGGGACCGGUUGGGCUUGGGGGAAGCCAGAGCCGGAUGUGUGUGUUAUUUUCCGGUCUGCGCCGCCGUUUGAGUCAGAGGUGGAUGCUUGGACUUUAGACUGGGAUUAUGUUGGGCCGGUGGAUGAGGCUGUUUACACGCAUGAGAAUGUUGCGUCGGCGCAGGAUUGCAUGGAGAAGUGCACGGAAAAGGCUUUCAAGAAGUGUAUCGCUUGGACGUGGGAGUCAUCCACGGGGAGGUGUCAUGUCAGUCCGUGGAUGAUAGUGGGGGAAGAAGUGAAGGAGCAGGAUAAGGUGUCGGGGUUUAAUAUUAGAAGGGUGAGGAAGCUGGAGAGGGAGUGUCCUACGUUUGAUGGGUAUGAAACGAUAGGGGCUGGUGGCAUCACAGCCAGCGAUUAUACAUCGUCAAAUUAGACACUGAGACAGCAACACGGGAAGGAUGCUCAGUGAGGCUUAAACCACCGGAGGGAUUUGGGGAACUUUUCGGAUAGAUUAGAACAUGACCAUAGAGCUAAUAAUUGCAAUAGCAGUCACCGCAACCUGUCAAUUCUUUGUCCGGGCUAAUGCCAAGACAAGCCCGGACACAUGUCUGUCAUUUGUCAUUCUCAGGGCC